GAGUGACGGUCGACGGUCGUCUUUUAAAAACUACAUUUCGAAGAGCAGAAGAGGAAGAAAUCCGAAACUAACCUAACCUAACCUAACCUACUAGCGACUCUUCUACAAACUACAUACAUAGUAACAACAUAAUCAAAAUAAUAAUAAAACAUAAAAGUUAAAAUUUUAAAAUAAAUCUAUGGUUUUAUUGGCUAGGCCUACAAAAUGGUUUAGGCGAUUUUUUACGUGUCGGUAUAGGUAAUAAUAGCUUCAACCUUUUAAAAGUAAAAUGGCAUCCGGACAAAUAGAAACAGAUAAGUUGAAGAAGAAUUUAGAAGAACAGUUAGAAAGAUUAGUUCAACAACUUGCUGACUUAGAAGAAGUAAAAGGUGACCUUGACAAUGCUGAAUAUGAAGAAUCUAAAGCUGAUACACUAGAACAACUAGAAGAGCUAAAUGUAACUUUGAAGAAACAUUUAGCGGGAGAUAUGACAUUGGUUGACCAUUUAAGCUCAAUGCAGCUGGCUACUCAAGCUGCCAUAAGUAAAGCAUUCCAAACGCCGGCUGUUAUACGAAUGUUUGCCCGUAGAGAGCCAUUACAGCUGCGUGAGCGUCUGCAUGUGAUAGAACGUGACCUAAAACUUGGGAAAAUGUCAGCUAAAGCAGCAAACUCAGAAAAGAUGGAGAUUUUAACUGCUUUACGACAACUUGGAGAAAAACUGUCUUCUUCCGAGUUACAGUUUCUGACAGACCAAACUGAUAGCCCACAUUCCAAGGGAAAGAACUUCAGGUUUGAACAAGUCACGGAAGAUUCAGGUGUUGGAGAAAGUGCUGCCCUAGACCUAGCGUCUGAAGAUGUCCUUGCAACUCACAGGGUGUGAUAUGUAUGUGUGUGGUUUUCAUUAUGAGUGAAACUAAUGUUUUGUACCAUUGUCUUGAUUUGUAAAUUAACAUACAGUAUAUAAAUUAUUUAUCUUA